GCGUCCACUGCGGGGUGGACCUGUAGGUGUAACAGCACCUGUAUUGGCAUCUGUGCUGCUCUCUGUAACCUUCUCUUCAGCUGUAUUUGUGUCAAUAGCUUCAUGUGCCAUGGUUCCUCCACCUGUGAUGGCACCUCAGCUGGUGGUGCCAUCACUCGCUGUACCUGCUGCUGGAUGCGUCAAGGGCAGUUCUGUUUAACCUCUUUAUCAAUGAUCUGGAUGAAGGGAUUGAGUGCACCCUUAGUAAAUUUGCAGAUGACAACAAAUUGGGUGGGAGUGUUUCAUCUACUGACAGGGAACGCUCACUUCCCUGGUCCUGCUGGCCACACUAUUCCUGAUACAAGCCAGGAUGCUGGUGGCCUUUUUGGCCACCUGGGCACACACUGGCUCAUGUUCAGACGCUGUCACCAACACCCUUAGGGCCUUUUCCUCCAGGCACUUUCCAGCUGCUCUUCCCCGGCCUGCAGCGUUCAUGCAGCACAUCCAUGUUCACUGCCCAUCAGAGCCACCUUUACUUUGCUUUUCCUGAUAUGUCAUCUCUGCUUCCAGUUUUCUUCUCUACCCAGACCCUGCACCUGGUUUCUCAGUAGUGUUCCUCGGUGGGACCCAUUAGCACUACAAGGAAGUUUGGAGUUUGAAUCUGACAUUGACUUCUUGAGAUGUUUCUUCAACUUCCUCUCAGGGCCUGAGGUUCAUGGACUCAGCAGCAAACCCACCAGAGGGGUCAUUAAAGUGCCUUGUGCUGCUCCUGUGCUGCUGAGCUGGGCUGGGCUCCUGGCACAGAGGGAGCUCAUGGCAGCGGCAGCGCUGCAGAGAGACAGCUCUGCCCAGGAGCAGCUCCUCUGCACACGCAGCAGGGAUGAGGGCUCUGCCUGGAGCUGCUGAGGAGGGAGGAGUGAGGAAGUGGCUCAGGACUGGGACUGUAACUGAGAGUUCACUGGAGGAGACAUCUCUGCAGCCCUUGACAUGGUAAGUCUCUGGGUGCAGGGUAAUUCAGCUGUAGCUCCUGGAGUCACACAGAGCUGUCCCUGGGCAGUGCCGGCUGCUGGGAGGGGUCUGCAGGGCAGAGCUGAGCACACAGCGAGUGGGAUGGGAUCUGUGGCACUGACAGCAGGAGACCUGGGGACACAGACACAGCUGCAGGCAGGGACAGCUCCAGGCAGCAGAGCAGGGGGUGUUCAGGAGCUCUUUCGGUCCUUGUCUGCAGAUGAUGCUGGGUGUUGUGUGCUGGGCAAUGAUCUGACUGUCCCUUUAGGACAUGUCGCUUUCAGGAGCCUGACCCUGCUCUGCCUGUCCUGCUGGGCUCACGAGCUGCCCCCAGAAAGGCUCAGGUCUGCUGUAGGAUCCCAGCAGUGCUGAGCCUUUCCUUGGGGUCCGCACUGUCCUCUCAGAGUUCUUUGCUUCACUCGGUGAGAGGUCGGGUCCUGCUCUCUCCAUCACAUCUCCGACAGUGGGCUGGAACAGAGAACAGUUUGCAGAUCUGCCCUUUCAAACAAUGCUCCCCCGCUCCCAUAUGAGUCCAAAUAUUUGGGGUUUUUUAAGGAGUAAUUUGUGUGUGAAGUCAUCUUCAAAGUAGCACAAGCAAAGGCACAGGAGCGAUGGCAAGAAGACUGAUGGACUCUUCUGCUGUCCUGACUCUGCACUGAGCCACAGAAAGAUGAGCCCUUUCGCCUGUCCUCUCUCAAGACUCUUCACAUUUUACCUCAUAAAGAUGAAGAUUUUGACCCCUACAAAAACCCAGUCACGGGAUGUGAUGGUGAAAAACUAAAAACACAGACAAAAUCAUUACAAAGACAUGUUAAAACACGGCUCUGCUUCCCGUGCUUUUCAGUGUCAAGAGUGCAGAUACUGACGAUUUCCAUUAACAAUGCAUAAAAUCGGACACCGCUUGUGAACGUUGGAGCUGCCACAACCCAGCUCCCGUGUCCCCAGUGCAGCAGAGCAGAGCUGGCUGCUUGGCAGCACACGGGCAGAGGUUCUGCUGCUCACAGCACACUCAGCCAGCACAGACCAGAGAAAGGAAACGCAUUUCAGUUGGGGUGAUGUUAAUGAAAAAGAGAGUAGUUUUGCUCCGUGGAGUCUGUCCUAAUAUUAAGUUGUUGUUUCCUUUUUUGAACAGAGAAACAGCCAAUGUCCAACAGCAGCUCCAUCACCCAGUUCCUCCUCUUGCCAUUCACAGACACACGGGAGCUGCAGCUCUUGCACUUCUGGCUCUUCCUGGGCAUCUACCUGGCUGCCCUCCUGGGCAACGGCCUCAUCAUCACCACCAUAGCCUGUGACCAGCACCUCCACACCCCCAUGUACUUCUUCCUCCUCAACCUCUCCCUCCUUGACUUGGGCUCCAUCUCCACCAUUGUCCCCAAAUCCAUGGCCAAUUCCCUUUGGGACACCAGGACUAUCUCCUAUCGAGGAUGUGCUACACAGCUCUUUUUUUUUCUCUCCUUGAUCUCUGUUGAGUAUUCCCUUCUCACCAUCAUGGCCUAUGACCGCUACGUUGCCAUCUGCAAACCCCUGCACUACGGGACCCUCCUGGGCAGCAGAGCUUGUGUGCACAUGGCAGCAGCUGCCUGGGCCAGUGGCUUUCUCAACACUUUUCUACACACGGUCAACACAUUUUCACUGCCACUCUGCAAGGGCAAUGCUGUGGACCAGUUCUUCUGCGAAAUUCCUCAUAUCCUCAAGCUCUCCUGCUCACACUCCUACCUCAGGGAAGUGUGGCUUCUUGUUGUUAGCUCCUGUUUAGUCUUUGGGUGUUUUGUGUUCAUUGUGGUGUCCUAUGUGCAGAUCUUCAGGGCCGUGCUGAGGAUCCCCUCUGAGCAGGGACGGCACAAAGCCUUUUCCACGUGCCUCCCUCACCUGGCCGUGGUCUCCCUGUUUGUCAGCACUGGUAUUUUUGCUCACCUGAAGCCCCCUUCCAUCUUCUCCCCAAACCUAGAUCGGGUGGUGUCCGUUCUGUACUCGGUGGUGCCUCCAGCAGUGAACCCCCUCAUUUACAGUAUGAGGAACAAAGAGAUCAAGGAUUCCCUGAGGAAAUUAUUUGACCAAGGAAUACUGCAGUAUCAAUAAGCAGUCUAUCAUCCUCAGGAGAAAGCUUGGAGGCUUUUUUUAACAUAUAUGUCUUGGUUUUCUUUUUGUUUAAUAUACUUCAAAUCAUAUUCCCACUGAAAGAAUAUUAUUUAUUGCCCUCUACCAGUGUUUUGUGGUGUAAAGUCCUCAUAUACAAAUGGAGCAUUGCUCCCAGUGCAGGUAAACACAGCAAAGAAACCAGCAGGA